AUGAAGAAAAUAAGUUCAUAGAUUCAAUGGCUAAUGAAUAGAAAUAGCGUAUAAGAGCCAUCACUAAGCAAUGAAAUUAAAUCUUCGAGAAGCAAUCCAAAAUCUGCCAAGACAGAACGACCUUAAUCUAAAACUAAAAAAAAUGACUUAUUAGAUUAUUUGAAAAGCGAAAGAAAUGCAAUUACCCAGACAUUUAAUUCUGUAAAGAAUGCAUAGUAAGGAAGCAAAAGCAUUGAUAUUUUAUAAACGUAAAGUUAGAAAAGUGAGCGUUUUAACAAUGGUUAACUUAAUUAUGUGGAUUUGAAUAUAUAAACUGAUGAUAGAAAUAAUUCAAAAAAGUCAAUACUCAAACCUAAAAAUUUAUCUCUUGCUAUAAUUUCAUUAGAAAAUCAACUUUUUAAAUAAUCACAAACUACUAAAUAAUCUUACAAUUAAUCCCCUUAAAAUUAAAUAAAUUCACCGAUUAUUAAAUAAAAAGAAUAAUAUUAAUUUGAUAUGCAAAUAUUAAAAAACAUAAAAACAAGUUCCUAAGAUGAUUACCUACAGCACUCUUAAAUUACAUAAAAUAAACAGUCAAUUUUAUCUGAUGAUCUAUCAUAUCAUAAGAAAACGCUUGAGGAUAUAUUUUGCAAUAAAAAGUAACCUAAAUAAGCAGGUAUAUAAAAACCACUUCAUUAAAAAUAAUGUGAAAAUGACAAAAGAGUAGCUAAUUAAAAUCAUUGUAAAACAGAAGUAUCUCCAUCUUAGAUUCAAUAAAAAUAUUAAAAUACUGAAGAAAAAUUAAAUUAUGAAUAGGAUCAGCAACUAAAAAUAAUUCUAUAUUACAAAUAAUAGAAGUAUCAUUAUUUGUUUAAAUAUUAAAAUAAAACAACUGAUGAUCUUUUUAAUUAUUUGAUACAAUAAAUAGCUAGUAUAGAGAAAUAAUUUAUAAAACAUGGAGGAGGCACAGGCUCUACAGAUGGAGAUUCAAUUUAAUAAGAAUUAAAUAAAAUAUGUUAGUUCCAAACUCUAUCAAAAAAUGUACCAUAUGAUUAUUACCUAACUUUAAACGAAUAGAAAUUGGAUGUCUUCAAAGGGAUAACUCUUCAGAUUUAGCCUUUCUAUUCCCAACCUAUUAUAACAAAGAAGGUAGGAUUAAAAGAUUUUACAUUAAUUAAAUGUAUAGGAGUUGGAGGAUUUUCGAGGGUAUAUAUGGUGAGAAAGAAAGACAAUGGGAAGUUUUAUGCUUUAAAGCUUAUUGACAAGAAAUUUAUAUUUGAAAAUUCAAAAGAAAUCAUAGUUUAGAAUGAGAGAGAUAUCAUGACUAAAAUGAACAAUCAGUUUGUAACACCAUUACAUUAUUCAUUUGAAUCAAAAUAUUAUAUUGCAUUUGUUUUAGAAUAUUGUGCUGGAGGUGAACUAUUUUACCAUCUAAGAAAACUUAAGAGAUUAAGUGAAUAAGAUGCUAAAAUAUAUUUCGCUGAAAUUUGCUUAGGAAUGGCUUAUUUGCACUCUUAGAAUAUAGUAUAUAGAGACAUUAAGCCUGAAAAUAUUCUCUUAGAUUUAUAAGGACACCUACUAUUAAGUGAUUUUGGAUUAUCAAAGCCAGAAAUGACACCAGAUGAUGUUGCUUAUUCAUUCUGUGGAUCCCCAGAAUACAUGGCUCCAGAGAUGCUAAUGAAGACAGGUCAUAAUUAUUUGGUGGAUUGCUAUUGUUUAGGAGCAUUACUCUAUGAAUUAGUUACUGGAUUGCCUCCAUUCUAUUCACAUAAUACUUAAGAUAUUUAUAAUUCAAUUUUGACUGAGUAAAUUCAAUUUCCUAAUUAUGUCCAUAUUUCAACUCUUUUGAAAGACUUAAUACAAUUAUUAUUGAAAAAAAAUCCAGAAGAAAGACUUGGACAUUAGAAUGGAAUAAUCGAAAUCUUACAUCACAAAUGGUUUUAAGAUGUUGACUUUGAAGCAAUUCUAAAUAAAAAAGAAAAGCCUCCUUGUAAACCAUACCCUUUAAAAUAUAAUUUUGAUGAAGAAGAAUUUAACAAAGGAGAUGCCGAGUUUAGAAAGCAAUUUCAAAUUAAUUUAUAAAAAGAGUAUUAAAAUGUUGAUAAUGCAAAUUGUUUAUUAGAUAACUUCUAUUAUUCAAGAGAGAGUGUUUAUGGAUAAGUAAAAUCAAGAAGAACUACGAAAGUCUAUUUAAAUUAAUUAUAAAAUUAAGCAAUUAUGGCUGAACCAUUUUCAAUUAUUCAAUCAAUGAGACUUUAAUCACCACAGUAAGACUAGAAAGAUCAAUAAUUUUAAUAGUCUCCAUAAGUAUCAAAACGAAUAAAUGGAACCAAAGUAAAAAGUGAAGCAUUUGAUCACUCAAAAAAACCAGAAACUAUGACUUAAUCAACUUAACUUUAGCAUUAAACUUCAAAGUUAGGACAUAAUUAUUCAAAAACUAUGUAGCAAACUUAAUUCUCACUUUAAGAAUUUAAACAAAUUAAAUUUCUAAUUGAUUAAUCUAGAGCCUUAUAAAGUUCAGAUAGAAUAACUACAAUGCCUGAUUAAAAUAAAAAAAAUAUAAUAGAAAGAGUCAAAACUGAACAAUUUGGAAAUUUAGCAUCUCCAAAAACAACAACUAGUAGCACUUUGCAUAAAAUGAAUAAUUUUUAAGCAUUAUUUGGAUCUGAUUGUAAAAAGAAAAAAUUAUUUUGA